GCCGGCUUCAAAAAGCACUGGCAGCCGCAGCCGCAGCUGCAGCCGCAGGAGGCCGGAGCCCAGCACCAUGACGGAGCUGGAGACAGCCAUGGGCAUGAUCAUCGACGUCUUUGCCCGGUACGCGGGCGGCGAGGGCGACCCGCAGAGCCUCACCAAGGGGGAGCUCAGGGUGCUGAUGGAGAAGGAACUCCCCGGCUUCCUGCAGAACGGGAAGGACAAGGAUGCGGUGGACAAAAUGAUGAGGGACCUGGACGCCAACGGGGACGCCGAGGUGGACUUCAACGAGUUCGUGGUGUUUGUAGCUGCGCUCACGUCUGCCUGUCACAAGUACUUUGUGCAGGCAGGGCCCAAGUGACGGCCGCAGGCCUGGCCCAGCCACUGUGCGCGGGUCCUGGCGACUGCUGCCCGGCUGCACCUGCUGCUCCGCCCGAGUAACUAACGCAGGUUCGGGUCGCGAUCCUCCACUCCGUCCCGGGAACCUCAGUGCCCCCCCCCCCAUUCAUGAAAUAAACUCAGCACUGAAUACUCA